AUGAAUGCCUGGCUUGCCGACGCUUCGAAUAUUCCUGGCCAGGAAAAUGGCGCCUUCCAUACAACAAUAGAUCCAUCAAACGCCUUCCUACAUGGCUCCCCCACUCCCCAGGAUCCAUCUCAAUUCCAGCGCAUGUUCAACGGCGUGCCGCGGAACGCCUCACCGGGGUUCCACAACCCUAACCAGGUCAUUCCAUCCAAGCGAGGACGACCUGAAGAUGGCAUGCCCAUGUCACCAAGACCCGCCCCAGGUGGCAUGACGGGGUCGCGCUCCCAGACCCCUCACCAGGUUCCAUAUCCUGGGUAUCAAGGACCGGCCAACGGCAAUGCACAAUUCCAGCAACACCCCACGCCAUAUCAGCAUCUCCAGCAAGCGUCUCCUAAUGCUACCCAGUCACCAAUAAUGCCAGACUUCGAUCAGCAAAGCGCUCGCAUGGGAACCGCGUCCCCGAGCCCCUUCUCGCCCGCGGGCCCGCACCCUGGACCCCAUAUGUCACCGUCGCAAUCGGACCAUGGAAGCCGUGUGAACACACCUCAAAACGCCAACUUUAUGCAAGCGCAGCAGUUUGCUGGUAUGCCGCAAGGUCCUGGAAUGACAUCGGCGGCUCCUCAACCCUCGAUGCAAGCACCGCAGUUUGCUGGCAUGUCACAGGUACCUCAGGGCUAUCAACAAGCGCUUGCGAACCAACAACAGCGCUUGCAUGCAAUGCAGCAACAGCAACAGACGCGAAUGAACCCUAAUCCCGCAUUGGCUGCACGACAAGUUCCGGGCAAUAUGAACCCGAUGGCCAAUCCUCAACAAAUGCCAGCGCUCAGACAGAUGCAGCCCAACAUGCCACCAAACAUUCCGAAGCCUAACAACCCGGAGGGAUUCUUGCGUUCGUUGCAGAAAUUCAUGAUGAGUCAAAACCUUGCUUUGGACCCCAAUCCCACUGUGAGUGGUCGUCCAAUCAACUUGGUUCAGCUAUAUGGCACUGUGAUGAAACUGGGGGGAUCAAAAAAGAUCACUGCUUCAAACGCAUGGCCAACAGUCGCGCAACACUUGCAGUUUCCCCCGAUGCAAUUUCCUACAGCCGCCCAGGAGUUCCAAACCCACCACACGAGGAACCUGGCUCCUUAUGAACAAGCCUUCCUUAACUCUCAACAAAAGUCAGCAGAGCAGAUGCAGCAGCAAGGUGGAAUGCCUCGCGGACCCAACCAGUUAUAUGCAGGAGCCGGGAAAAUGAAUGCGGGCUAUGACCAAUCGCAGGCAUUGGCUCAGUCCCCGCAAAACAACACACCAGUGCAAAACCAGACCCCAGGCAAUCCGACCAAUGGGUUUGCCACGCCUACCCAUGCCCGAAGCCAAAGCAGACCAGCUCAAGCUGGACAUAGAUCUAGUCUCUCACGCCCAUCGCAAACGCCGGUUCCACCCACGGAACCUGCGACCGGACAAUUCCCAGCACCCUCUCCCUCACAAUCUGGCAAGGAAGCCACUCCAGGCCCUGGUCAAACACAGCAAACGGAACAAAAGCCAGAGCCCUUCGUGAAGCAACCCAUCGGGGAAACCUUCAAGCCCACAGUUUUGACGGGAAGUCGAACGCAUGGUCCCAUCGCUGUGGAUGAGAUGUUCCAGAUUGGCGAGGACAUCUCAAGGCUCAAGCCAGAUGUUCCCGCGUUCGCAGAACUUGGGGUUGUGGAUAUUCAUGCGCUGACAAUGGCUCUCCAAUCCGGAAUGAUAGCGGAGAUUCGGGUUGCCCUGGACACGCUCACUACCCUCUCGGGCGAACCUACCGUUCAAAUCUCUUUGGAGAAUUGUGACGACUUGGUUGAGAGCUUGAUUGACUGCGCUGAAGACCAGGCUGAGAUGCUAGCACAGCACACUGUCGAAGAGACAGAUACUAUGACUUUACGAUCAUAUGAUGAGAUCACACGGGACUGCCAACUUGAAAAUACAUCACUCACAGAUAUCUCCCAAUUCGGGACUCUCGAUUACGAGUUGGACCGAGCUGUGGAUCGACUUAUCUGUAUCACCACUAUCCUACGAAAUUUCUCAUUCAGCGAGACAAACUUCCUUCCUCUUGGCAUUCCUCCUGUUGCCCAACUGUUUGCUGCAGUUUUCCGCUAUAUGGGAACCCGCAAGAACUUCCUGCGGAGCAGCCACAACACCCUGGACUUCAUGAAAGAUGCAGUCAUCUUGCUGAGCAACUUGGCUCACGUUGUUCAGAUUCCUGGGAAGGAUGAGGCGUUGAGUUUAUUGACUUUCCUGCUUGCUUUCUCACCCGAGCCGGAGCCCAUCUCAUCAUCAGGCAAAGUGAUGUUCACUGCAUUCAAUUCUGCUGUUGAUCGAUACACCCCAGCGGCUGUGGAUGGCCUCGCAAAAAUGUUGGCAAGAGACGACCCGAAUCGAACAUACUUCAAGGCUAUAUUCUCUGGCGAUGGAUCUACACCACCCCAGCCAGAAUUGUUGACUCGCGCCUUUGGUCUUGCUAUCUCUUGUGUCCCCGAUAAAAAGCCCAUGGCUGUGGUCGAUGCUCGCAAGGUAUUCUUGAUGCAAGGUCUCUUGUCUGCCGAUGUUCUCACAACAUUUGCUGACGGGGCUCUUGCCAAGGCCUGGCUCGAGUCAGUCGAUGGGUUUGCCGUUCAUCUCUUGCGACUUUCUUGCGCUCUUUGCACAGAGCGCAUUCCGCAGAUAAACAUGCGUCAAAGAGGCCAGGCCGAAGCCGAUGCUUAUGCCUUCAGCUCGAUCGUGAAUCGUGGCCUUGGAAUUCUUCGCCGACUGGCCGAAAAGUCAAAGCAAGUCGACAACACCUCCCCCCUCAAUAUCCCCUCCGGGAUUUUGCCCAGAAAAGAGAGCCUCUUGGGCGCAUUACUCCUUCCUAACAUUGACGGGGGUGUUGUACGGCAACUUCUUACCUACGCUCGACUGGCGGAGUAA